GAGUGGUCGCGUACCCGCCGUGUCGCAUUUUCCAAAAAAUCCUAUAAAGUGUUCCCAUGGACUAUACGCAGUGCCUUUGCAAUUUGCUCUUCCUACAAUGAUUUGACGCUUGUGAGGGUGCAGGCCAGGACUGUAAUUGAUGCCUCUGUUUUAUUUUGUGACAAGCUGAAGGAAAAUCCAGCAAGGUGUUGGGGGUAAAGGUAGAGAUGAAGACGGAGCACCGCACAUGCUGCGCGUGCGGCGAGCCGAUCGCGGACCGCUUCCUACUGGAGGUGGGCGGCGGCGCGUGGCACACGGGCUGCCUGCGCUGCUGCGUCUGCGCAGUCCAGCUCGACCGGCACCCCUCCUGCUUCCUGCGCGACCGGCAGGUCUACUGCAAACAGGACUACGCUAAGAGCUUCGGGGCGAAGUGUUCGAAGUGCUGCCGCGGCAUCUCGUCGUCGGACUGGGUGCGCAAGGCGCGGGAGCAGGUGUACCACCUGGCGUGCUUCGCGUGCGACGCGUGCGGCCGCCAGCUGUCCACCGGCGAGCAGUUCGCGCUGCACGAAGACCGCGUGCUCUGCAAGCCCCACUACCUCGAGACCCUCGACGGUGGCUCCAUCUCCUCAGAUGAUGGCUGCGAUUCAGAGGGAUAUCACAAGAGCAAAGCGAAGCGAGUGCGGACCACUUUCACAGAAGAACAGCUGCAAGUUCUACAGGCCAACUUCCAGCUGGACUCGAACCCAGACGGGCAAGACCUGGAGCGUAUCGCACAGGUCACGGGGCUCAGCAAGCGAGUAACCCAGGUCUGGUUCCAGAACAGCCGCGCCCGCCAGAAGAAACACCAGCACACCGGUAAAGGAAAGCAGAAUCAACUGAUGUCGCGCGACACCGAUCCAGUGGGGUUUGGCCGGCCCAUCAACAUACACCUCACAUACUCGUUCCAGAACAAGCCGCCUUUUGUCCCGAUAGACGGCACUUCGUUCACGGAUUCUUCGAUGGAUGAACUGUCUGAAGACUCCUCCAUCCAUUGCAUGCAGAGUGAAGUUUGAGCUCCGUAGAUAGUCUACACAGUAGUAGUGACAGAUAGAUAAUUAUGGUUUUCUUGCGUAAUUGAGACGCUCCAUUUUGAAUUACGACGUCACUUUUUAAUUAACAAUUGAACUAAAACGAGAAGUAUGUACAAUGAACGGUGUUAUCACAAGCUGAAAAACGUUUGUUGUACAGCUGGAAUUUAUGAAUCUCAGCAAGGCCAUAUAUUAUGAAUAUUCUACGAAUAGAUCACAGGCACUUUUGUGACAUUAGCGAUUGAAAUCAAAGGAAAUGAGGCAAGUACAGCGAGGGCCGGGUCAGAGUAUAAAUAUAAGAAACAAAGGCAAUGUAAAAUUCAGCAAUAAAAUUCGACUCUGCUAAACAUCUUAAGAAACUGAAAGAAAAUACUAAAGUAGUAAAUAUCGUUUAUCUAAAGUUUAAGCUGUUCUUAAAUAUUUAUUGUAAAAAAAGUAUAUUUAUUUAACUAUUUAUUUAUUUCUAGUAACUGUGAUACGUUUGCUAUCGACUACUUAUUCGCUUUCAUUCUAAUAUGAUAAUUAAUAUAUCAAUACCUGCCUAAAUUUUGUAAUUUCUCGAAUUAUAAUAGUGCCAAAAUGAAUAGUUUAAUAAAUCUUAUUAAGAAGAACGAUUUUUAAAACUAUAAAGUUAGAUUACUCUCAAUAAAUUUUAUGGUAAUGUUUAGCAGUAGUGACUUCUGCUUCAAAUGUAUCUAACUACUUACUUACUUAAUUCGCUGUCCUCCAGGUAGGUUUCUAACAACGCGAAUUUGUUACAAGUUAGGUAGGUACUUCACCGUCGUCUUCUACUAACAUAUCAUAAAAUCCUUUAGAUACUUGAGUAUACGACGUGUUAUCGACGUAUGUUGUGUCUUGUGCCAAAACAUAUUCUAUUGCUUAGUUGUAGACAAUACGUCCUGUCGGGAAUUAUUUAUAGAGAGAUACGUAUUUGGGAAUAAAGGCGACAGACGAUCAAUAAACCGCGGAAUAGUUGUUUACUCUUAUUGUAUUUUGUACAUAAACAUUUCGAUGUGCUACAACAUUGUAAAUUCUACAGCACGUCUAUUCUAUUUAUAACGUUAGUUAAGCAACCGUAGUUUGUCAUCUCGUCAUUUUAUUGUAAUAUUUAAUUUAAUGCUAAGUGGGUGCCUCUUUGGUGCCUAAGUUUAUUCUGUACAAAAAUAUUGAAAUAUAUUAUGUUGGUUAAAAUUUACCCAUGUUUCAUUAUAAUAGAUCGAAAAGUGGAUCAUUAGAUAAAAAUGUCAGUUUAUGUCUUAAUUCACUCGAGUUUAAUAAUAAUAGUUGACACAUAUUUAAAGCUAAUUCCAGUAUAUAUUCUUAAACUUAACAAUAGAUAAGUACAAAUUACAUGCUAAAACUUAAUAAUAUUUGGUAAGUGUCUUAACAUAUCAACUUAACAUCUAUAUUACAGACUUAUCGAAACUUUUUCUACCGAGUACUUACAGCUAUAAAGUUAAUGGGCAUACAUUUUUCUUACGAUUCGCGGAAUACUUCAAUUGCAAAAUUUAAUUGUUACGUCAUAAUAAUAAAUAAAUUACUUAAAUUGCAUUUUUUUUUUCAAUUCCAAUUACAUACGUACUUUCAUGGGUACUUUUGAAGCGACAGUAUG